AUGCCCGGACCUGGCGAAUCGGCUAAGUUAUACUCAACUCCCUCUCUUCCUUCAAAAUUACGAUCUCCCACUACUGCCCAAACCAAAUCCACGGUACCCUCCAGCCUCGGACCGUCCUCAUCAUCACCGAAUAAAAGUUCGUUCCGAUCACCCUCGAGAAAAGCCCCACGCAUCGACACAGGAGCUGGCUCACAGCUAAAGAACUCAAAAACACCAAGCCUGCUCAACGGUAGCGGGGAUGGUAAAUCGAUCCCCAAUUCCCGGAAUUCCGGAGGCCACGCCAGCGUAAUUUCUCCUACGCAGAGCAGGAGUUCAUCUACCCAGGACUCAUAUUCGACAAGUGCUACUACAUACGACGAUAAUGAAGAUAGCACGCGGCGAGGGCGAGAUGGCGUAGAAGAGGCAUCAGGGAGUUCGCACCGAAACUCCAAAACCAGGGAAGGGAAAGGCAACGUUAUAGUAAGUGUACGUGUUCGACCGGAUCUAUCAUCUCCAGAUGGCAAGAGCUCUGAAGGAGAAUGGUUGGUCGAUGGCCGAAGAAGUUUGGUUUCGUAUAGGGGAAAAGAAGGGGGCGAUUAUUAUUAUGAUAACGUUUUUACCACUCAUGAUAAUAAUGCUAAGGUGUAUGAUGCAUCUGCGAAACGACUCGUCCGCCGUGUUAUGGAAGGGUAUCACGGCACGGUUUUUGCAUAUGGAAUGACCGGCACUGGAAAGACAUUUUCUAUGCAGGGGACCGCUACAUCCCCCGGUGUCAUCCCGCUCGCUAUUACGGACAUUUUCUCAUAUAUUCGAGAAACACCGCACCGCGAAUUCUUACUUCGAGUCAGCUAUUUAGAAAUAUAUAAUGAAAAGAUUCACGAUCUGCUGUCCAUGUCCGCCGCAGGACAAGGAAGUGGCGGCGCACAAGGACAACAGGAAGAGAUCAAGUUGCGCGAAGAUAGCAAGCGAGGUGUCUACGCCACACCACUCAAAGAGGAGAUAGUCCAAAGUCCAACACAGCUUUUACGGGUCAUCGCCAGAGGUGACCAUUCUAGGCGAACAUCCAGUACCCAGUUCAAUUCACGGAGUUCUCGAAGUCACGCUGUUGUACAAAUUGUGGUGGAAAGCAGAGAACGAGCCCCUACAAGUGGACAUGAGAAACGCGCUGCUAUUGCGCCAGGCGGGGUUCGAGUAUCGACGCUUAGUUUGAUCGAUCUCGCUGGUUCCGAACGUGCUGCAGAAAGCAAAGAGCGCCGAACAGAAGGUGCCCAUAUUAACAAGAGUUUACUCACGUUGGGGACAGUCAUUGCCCGUCUAUCCGUCGAAAAGGAGGGCAAAAAUGGAGACAAGGAAGGGAAACACUUACCCUACAGAGAUAGCAAGCUGACUCGAUUGCUUCAGCCGGCGCUGUCAGGUAACUCUCUAGUCAGUAUUCUAUGUACGAUACAGGUUGGAUCCGGUACAACUGCAGCAUCUUCACAGUCUCAUACGAACGAGACCAUGAACACGCUGAAGUUCGCUGCACGAGCAAAGAAUAAUAUCGUCAGCCACGCGAAGCGUGCUGAAGAGUCAUUGGGCAGCGGUGCCGGAGAUGCAGGUAGCAGAGUCCUGCUCGAACGAUAUAGGAUGGAGAUACAAUCUCUACGACGCCAAUUAGAGAAUCAAGCCAAAGCUGAGACACCAACAUCUCACACCGAGGCUGAAUCUAAAGAGGAGGAGAGAGCGAGGGAAAAAGAAGCUGAGCUUCGUCAUGAAGAACAAAUGUUGGAGAUGCAGCUUGCUCGAACUGCGCUGAAGGAGAGAAUUGAGCACCUUAAUAGGUUGAUCCUAUGCUCUAAAUCGACCGGUGUCAACGCAAGCUUAGGCAGAUUCUCCCAAACCAGCCCGGGAUCCGUGGAUAUACGAUCGUUACGAUCUUCAGCCUCCCAGUCAACCCUGGGUGCCGGCUCAGCAUUAAACCGCUCUACGUCUCUUGCCUCAAUGAAAAGCACAAGUACCAGCGCAGCGGGCCAUACCAACCCGUCUGCCUCCUUUAACCACCACCACGAUGACGACGAUGAAAUGAUAGGUGAAUUUGCCGACGGUAUGGCGAGCUUACAGGUCCAAGUAAAUGCUCUUCAAGCCGACCUCGCAGAUAAAAACAGAUACAUUUCAACCCUUGAGCGUCGACUACUUCAAGCUCGUCGAUCAAGCCAUUCCCGCGUUUCGAUGGGCCUAAAUCACCACCAUCUCAAAUCAUGUAGCACUACAUCGUCCUCAAAUAACGACUCAGAUCUCGCUGCUGCCUUGCGGGAGAAAGAUAUGGAAAUCGCAGACUUACGACUGCAGCUAGAUGACAAAGAUCGGAUGGUAGCAGCAUUGAGAUCAGCGGCGAGGCAAAGGGAUAUGGCGCAUCUCACCGGUGGGAGCACAAACGCAUCAGGUCGGGCAGAUGCUGCGCCUACGCCUCCACCGCUUCACCCUCCGCCACCAGUGGGAGCAGAUUACAAAACCAUGGGCAUCAAUAAUGCCAUAUUACCUCAUCACCACCACCAUAACAACAACAGCCACCCGGGUGAGACAAACUCAUUAUUCAACAAUAGCGGUGCCGGCCCUGGCUCGGUGUUAGGAAGGGUUAGCCCCAACCUUCUCCCACCAGUUAAACUAACGGCCGAAGAAAGAGACAAGAAGCGGAAGAGCGUUGAUGAGAUGUCACGGAUGCUAGACGAAAUGAUUCAAGAUCGGGUAGAGAGCGGGCAUCUCAUCAAGACUUCCAGGGGCCAUAUGCGAGUUUCUAGUGCUGGCAUAUCACCGAAAAGCUACGCUGGAACUCCACCCACAUCAAGCAGGAUAUCAACUGACACCGUUGCAGAGCCUAUAUCAACAAGCAAUGGUUUAUUUUCGGAUACCAAACACAACCAUAUCCGUGCCAAAGGCUCCAUAUCAUCUAGUUCCGAAAGUCAACUUCAGCGUGGGGAGUCCUUGAAGUCAAAUCCAGGGCCCGCAUCCAUGAAUACGACCGCUGGCAACUCAUACGAGUCAGCAUCAAGGCCCCUGUCAUCGUAG